AUGGCAUGUGAGUGUGAGGCCAAGGGCCUCGACGUUGCUGUCAAACAAGCCGAGGACCGCAUGAUGCGGUCGAUAUAUACUGAAAUACGUUCCUGGGUUCGAGGCCAUGCGCAAGACUACAUACUUGAAUAUUUCCGCCUCCUCACCGAUCAACGAAAGACUGCCCAUGCUGCGCAUAUGGAUCGAAUCACUGCCCACGCUUAUCAUUAUUAUCAUGCCCCGCCUCAUCCGACGCAAGUUGCCGAAGCGCAAGCCUCAUUGAAACGCGGCAUUGACGAAGAUUGGCAGGCGAGCGUACAGCGUUACCCCGAAGUACUGGAAUAUUUCUUUGGACUGGUUGAGCUUACACUGCCGGCGGAGGAUGAGCCGGCCGUUAAAGAGCCGCCACUAGGAUCGUUAUCAAAUCUACGAAAAGUAAACCGCCGAAACAGUAAUAACCCUCCCGGCGCCGCUGGCGCAGUUGUACCCCCAGGAUACCGUGGCGACCCAGGUCAGAUGCACCAGGAGCCUCCACCGAUGCCUAUGCCUCGAGCCGAUCGUCGAACUCCCGGCCCUGGAAUGAGACGACCCAACUUUGGAGCGCCACCGCCAAUGCCUGGCGGUUACAACUAUCCUCCUCCUCCUCCUCCAUACUAA